AUGGCAUCCCUUGUCCAGUCUCUCCUGCGCCUGGUGGGCUAUCAGCCACGCCAACCAAGCGCCCGCGCGGACGAAGAACGGGCGACGGGCGCGUACUCGGCGACGGGGUCGUCAACAUUACCACCGAGCCACUUCAACAUGACAAGCCCUCGCGUUGCGGGCGAUGACGCCCUGACGCUCUUCCGCUUGAUGCUAGGCAUCGCGACGCCUCCCCACCUGGGUUUCACCGAAUCGCCCUUCCGGCCUGCGCAGAACCAGAAGGCGAAAGACAGCUACAAGGUCUUCUCGGCCGUCAUCAACGCGUGCUACUUCCUGCAGAUCAUCGUUGCCGCGGCCCUGACGGCCCUCGGGGCGGCCAACGCCAACAACAAGGCCAUCACGGCGUUCGGCGCCAUCAACACCAUCAUCGCCGGCUUCCUCACCUACCUCAAGGGCUCAGGUUACCCCGCGCGGCUCAAGUACUACGCCAGCGAGUGGAAGAAGGUCCGCGAGUUCAUCGAGCACCGGGAGCGCGACUUCUCUCUCGAGGGCUGCACCCUGGACGUGUACGAGGUAGUCAACGCCGUCCGGGAGAUGUAUGACGACACGAAGCGCGAGAUCGAGAUGAACACGCCGGACAGCUACAACUCCAAGACCAGCAUGCGGUUCGAUGGCGUGGAUACGUCCAAGGCCGAGGCCAUCGCGGGCAAACUGCGCGGCCUGCUGGGGACGCAGGCGAGUUCGGUGGCCGCCGGCGUGGAGACUAAGGCGGGUGGCGUGGCAGGCAAGCUGCGGGGACUGGACGAGGCGGUGCACAAGCUGAAGAACCACAUGGGCUCCGUGUCCGAGGGCGUCGAGUCCAAGGCGGUUGAUGUGGUGACCCAACUGCGCAGCCUGGAAGACACGCUGGAGAAGGUGAAGUCGCACGUCGAAAAGACGGCGCGGGACGGACAUGACAUCGCGCACCGCACCGUGCAGGACGCCGCGCACGCCAUUCAGGACGAGGAAAAGCGGGCGUUGGCCGAGGUACGCGGUCUGGGAAAGGCGGUCGCCAGGGAAGUGGAGGAACACAAGCCACGCCCGCCGGGGGAGGUCUCGAUUAGCAUAUCGCAUCGGGACGGCAACGACCAACACGUGUGA